CGAGCGGCCGGGCGGCCGGCUCAGAAGCGCUGGGGCUGCGGGAGGGAAGAGGCGGCAGCGGCGGCGGCUCCUCGCGCGGGUCCCUCCAUGAGCAGGCGGUGCCGAGGCAGGGAGCGCCGGGGGCUGCCGCGGGACUCGGGCAGGGCAUUGAUUGUGGUGGUGCAGCAGUGAUCCCCAUCGCAGCCGGGACCCCGGGGAAGGGACAGCAUGCGGCCGGAGGAUGUCUGAGGCUGGCUGGGGCAGUUUUCAUACUACUCUGCUUUCUCCGAGCGUUGCCAGAGGAAUGAUUGCUGCGUGGAGUGCCUUCUUUUGCUUUUACCUGGUGGUGACUGUCAGCAGCCUCCCAGAAGCCAGGCUGCCCAUCUCGGACCUAGAAGACAGGAUCACUCGAAAACCAACAGAAUAUCUGGGGAGCGAGACUGCCUUUCUGGAGGAAUUGGUGUUUGGAAGUGGAGAUACCAUUGAACUUUCCUGUAACACCCAGGGCUCUUCUAUGUCAGUUUUCUGGUUCAAAGAUGGCAUUGGGAUUGCACCGACCAACAGAACUCAUAUUGGACAAAAACUGUUGAAGAUCAUUAAUGUGUCAUAUGAUGACUCUGGGCUAUACAGUUGCAAGCCACGGCAUUCCAGUGAGGUUCUAGGUAACUUUACAGUCAGAGUAACAGAUUCUCCAUCAUCGGGUGAUGAUGAAGAUGAUGAUGACGAGUCUGAAGACACAGGUGCUCCUUAUUGGACCCGUUCAGAAAGGAUGGAGAAGAAGCUGCUAGCUGUGCCGGCAGCAAAUACCGUUCGCUUCCGUUGCCCUGCCGCAGGCAACCCCACCCCAUCCAUAUACUGGCUGAAAAAUGGCAAAGAAUUCAAGGGAGAACACCGAAUUGGGGGCAUCAAAUUACGGCAUCAACAGUGGAGCCUAGUGAUGGAGAGUGUGGUUCCGUCAGACCGCGGGAACUACACGUGCGUUGUAGAGAACAAAUACGGCAGCAUUAGGCACACUUACCAGCUAGAUGUAUUAGAAAGGUCACCCCACCGGCCUAUCCUCCAGGCAGGACUGCCUGCCAACCAGACUGUGGUGGUAGGGAGCGACGUCGAAUUCCACUGCAAGGUCUACAGUGAUGCCCAGCCUCACAUCCAGUGGCUGAAACACGUGGAAGUCAACGGCAGUAAAUAUGGAUCCAACGGGACGCCGUAUGUCACGGUGCUAAAGUCUUGGAUCAGUAAAAACGCUGAAGCCGAUGCUAACCUAAAUCUGUUCAAUGUGACAGAACAAGAUGAAGGAGAAUAUCUGUGUAGAGCCAACAAUUUCGUAGGCAUAGCCGAAAAACCAUUUUGGCUCCACAUUCGCAAACCAAAACCAGAGCUAGUGGAGGUGGAUGAUUCUGGCUCAGUUUAUGCUGGCAUCCUCAGCUAUGGGACUGGCUUCGUUCUCUUCAUCCUAGUGGUUGUCGUCGUGAUUAUCUGUAGGAUGAAAAUGCCCAGCAAAAAAGCCAUGAACACCCCCACUGUACAGAAAGUCUCCAAAUUUCCUCUCAAGAGACAGCAGGUGUCAUUGGAGUCGAACUCUUCCAUGAAUUCCAAUACCCCGCUGGUCAGAAUCACCCGCCUCUCAUCCAGCGAUGGGCCAAUGCUAGCGAAUGUCUCGGAGCUCGAACUGCCUGCUGAUCCCAAGUGGGAAUUAACGAGAUCUCGCCUGACUCUGGGGAAACCUCUGGGUGAAGGUUGUUUUGGUCAAGUGGUGAUGGCAGAAGCGAUUGGGAUCGAUAAGGACAAACCAAACAAGGCCAUCACUGUAGCUGUCAAGAUGUUAAAAGGGGAAACACAAAAAUAUCAUUAACCUCCUAGGCGCCUGCACGCAGGAUGGCCCACUUUACGUUCUGGUAGAAUAUGCGUCAAAAGGGAACUUGCGGGAAUAUCUCAGGGCUCGUCGGCCGCCCGGCAUGGACUAUUCAUUCGACACCUGCAAGCUGCCAGAAGAGCAGUUAACAUUUAAAGAUUUAGUCUCGUGCGCCUACCAGGUGGCCCGUGGCAUGGAAUAUUUGGCAUCUCAGAAAUGCAUUCAUCGAGACUUGGCAGCCAGGAACGUGUUAGUCACUGAAGACAAUGUGAUGAAAAUAGCCGAUUUUGGCCUAGCCAGAGAUGUUCACAACAUCGACUAUUACAAGAAAACAACCAAUGGUCGGCUGCCUGUGAAAUGGAUGGCUCCAGAGGCAUUGUUUGACCGGGUCUACACUCACCAGAGCGAUGUCUGGUCUUUUGGAGUGCUGCUAUGGGAGAUCUUUACUUUGGGUGGGUCUCCAUAUCCGGGAAUUCCAGUCGAGGAGCUCUUCAAACUCUUAAAAGAAGGCCAUCGGAUGGACAAGCCAGCAAACUGCACUCAUGACCUGUACAUGAUCAUGAGGGAGUGCUGGCAUGCAGUCCCAUCGCAACGGCCAACCUUUAAGCAGCUAGUGGAAGACCUGGAUAGGGUCCUUACUGUAACAUCAACUGAUGAGUACCUUGACCUCUCCGUGCCAUUCGAGCAGUAUUCCCCCGCCUGCCAGGACACACACAGCACCUGCUCUUCGGGAGACGAUUCCGUGUUUGCCCACGACCUUCUGCCGGAUGAGCCAUGUCUUCCCAAACACCAGCAGUGCAAUGGUGUCAUCAGGACAUGAUGACUCCAAAAACACAGACAGACCAUUGAAAAAAAACUCACGAAUGUAGGCUUGGAGGAGGCCAAGGACAAACCGUAGUGAAGGAUCUUUGAAUGAAACAGCUUGGUAAUUCAAGAAGUUUUUUGUUGUUGAGCCGUAGAAGGGUUGUGGGGGUUUGGGGUUAUUUUUUUUUUUCCAUUUUGCUGUAUAAGAAGUCAAAAAGCACUGUUUGGCCUGAAGGACCUAAUCUCUUGCCAAGAUGAUUAUUAUAUAUACAUAUAUAUAUUUAAAAAAGAAAAGGUUAAAUCUAGGGGUGCUGACCUCUGGACCUCCGGUAAUGUAUUAUCGAGUGCCAGAGUUGCCAUUCUGUGCCUGCAAUACAAAGAAGAGGGGAAAAAAAAAAAACUUUCUUUUUCUGGGGAGGAGAAGUGUAAAGAAUGUAGAAAUUCUUUGCUUAUGCAAUCUGUACAUGAACCUUUUUGGUGAAGCUGAAAAGCCACAUUGCCUGCAGGGAUUAAUAUAUUUAUAUAAAUAGCUGUAUUUUUGUUGGUUGGGUUUUUUUAUAGUCGCUUGAUCAUUACCCAGCUACUUAGAUUUUUUUUAUUUUUUCAAAAAAAAAAAAAAAAUUCCCCCCCCUUUUUUUUUUGACAUAGUCAAAAUCUCAAAGGAGUUAAUGGUUUGGUGACAAACAGCAGUUUGACUGUAAUAGAUCAUAACCCACUCUUGCACUAGCGCUGCAGGUGACUGGUGUAUAGAGAAGAGUCAGAACAUUCCAAACGGAAGGGCAAAUGCAUGAAGGUUCAUUUUUGGGUUCAUAGGGAGGAAAGCAUCAAAGUGGCAGGUAUAAAGGUACCACAUGUCUCCGGGGAAUUGCCAAAUCAUUAAAUCACAAGCAGAAUUAGUCUCUGAUCUUGCAACUUCUUAUACAUGCGUAGACUGUCCAUCCAGAGCCCCAUUGUCUUCAGGGGGGCUUCAUGUGACUGCAGUAUUUUGCCAGUAUGCUGGAUGCUGCAGGAUCAGGCUCUAAGAGAUGGAGAUUUGAGUUUUUGGUUUUUGCCUUUAAAGCCCAAGAGAAGCAGCUGUUUCGGUACUUCUCCCCUUUAAAGCUAGCAAGUUUUCUCCAUCCAUACGCAGUGACUUGGAGAGAGAAAUUACGGGUACCUGUAGGCAAGAGCCUUUAACUUAUAUCAAAAAGGUUUAUUCCAGAGAAUUGUGUACAUAUCUAUAAAUAUAUACUGUAUAUAUAUAAAAGAAUGUAUAAUACUAAUGCAACGUAAAGCAGUACUGGGAGGGAAAUCUCUCAAAAUAAGAGCAUUGCAAUCUAGGAUAUACUGAUCUGGGCAAAAGAUUUUGUUUUUAUAUCUUCACAGUUUUGUUUUAAAAAUUGUAUCUUAACAUGUAUAUUUCUAAAUUUAUUUAUAGACAUUAACAUAUCUGUUCAGUGGUUGAAAUAGCAUAGCAUUACUGUAAACUUUAAAAUUUACUGCGUUUAAGUUCUUUAACUUAUUAAAUAUGGAGAAAAAUAUAUUAAUCAAGUUUUUCUUUUGUGUUUACGGGAAAUAUUGAGAGAAUGUAUAGAUGUACAGUCCUCUAACAAAUUACAUUUAAUGUUAUAAAUAUAUUCAUUUUUUAAAAAAAAAAUUAGUUUAUCCUGGAUUGCAGUGAGCAAAGGUAAGUUUAUUUUGCAAUACAUCAUCAGUGGUUAAAUCCAAACAAAUAACAGAGAGAUGAUUUUUACAUAUUUGAAAAACUAAAGCCAAGAAUUCUUCCAUCAGUUUAACCACUGUGCAUUAAGGGGGUGUGGGUGUUUAUUUUUCUAUUUUUGAAUGAAGGUAUUCUUUGUGGUUGAUCUUAAAAACAAGUAUGCAGCAAAGCUAAAUGUUGACUUUGAAUGAUGCACAUUAUUUAUUUUUUUCUCCUUGCCGGUAUCAUUGCAUUUUUGGAUUUAAGAAAUAACACACUGGCAAAACAGUAAGGGGAGCCGCAUUCUUUAUAGGGGAAGUAAAAUGAUUGUAUAUUGCUUUUAAGUCUAACGCAUGCUAAAAAUGCCAAUAAUGCCUAAUUUGCUGGACUUAAAUUUGUAUGCUACUUAUGUGCCUCUGUGCCAAAUCACUAUUCAAAAAGCACACUAAAUAAACAGGGGAACUUUAGUAUGGACCAGAAAGGCAUGGGGAGGUAUUUUUAUGAGAAGAUUUUAAUUCUUUUACUAACACAAAGAGGCAAAUAUCAUAAUUACAUGGUGGUUUGAUUUAUUUUUUUCUCCUGUGCAUACAAAAUAUCAGUGAUUCAAAAUAACAGGCUGACAGCAUCUCACAUUAGUAUUAUUUUUUUAGCAAUACAAUGCUCUUCUCAUAAAAGUAAUAAUUUAUAGUUUGAGGUUAAGUCCGUGGAAGUUCUUGAGAAAGUAGAUUUCUAUAGAUUUUUUUUUUUUUAAAUUAAAAAGAAAUUUUGGUAUUUUCUUACAAAUGUCUGCUAAUUGUACAUUCCAAGUACCUAAAGCAUUAGGUUUCCCAUUAAAAAUGUACAAAUUUGUGCAUGAUUUCAAAUGUUAUUAGAUAUUAUAAAUAUAUAUAUAAUUUAUUGAGGUUUUUACAAGAUGUAUCUGUAGACUUGUUGACUUUAACAUUUCUUAUACAAUGCUUAUAUAGUUUUAUAGCCUGGACUGUUAUCUUUUAAAGCUUUUUUAAAAAAAUUUAAAAUUCCGAUUUUGUUACAUUUUAUACUGUUGAUGUUACAAUCCACAGAUUUGCAUAGUGUGAAAUUUUUUUUGUUGGUGAGCAACUUUAUUCAGUUUAUUUUAAUACUGUAUUUCUUUUCCUGACAGCUGCAACUGUCAAAGGUGUGAAAUGAACACUAAAUAAACCUAUUCUGCUUUUAACAUGGAAAAAAAAAACAUUUUUACCCAAAAAUACAAAUAAAUGAGUUGUUGAAUUUGUUUUUCCAGUUUUAAUGGGCCUGUUCAACAAUAAAUCCUCUGUUUUCAA